AUGUUAAGUAAAUCGUCAACUUUUCAUGUUUCAACGCGACACGUUUAUGAGCAUGAAUUAAAGCAUCUUCAAUAUCACCAAAAUCAAAACCAUCGAUCACAGCAACAGUCAGAGGUCGAUGAUCCAACUCCCCAUUCAAAUCAAUACACUAAACAUAAUCAGCGUCAAGUUUUAAAUUCGAAUAUGUCCCGAUCCGAAAUCAUGUUUAAUUCUAAAGUAAGUAGAUCACUACAUAUUGAUGUUAAUACUAUUACUAACAAUAAUGUAAGCAGUAUCUCACCUACAAAUUCAAGUUUUACUACUUCUUCAAAUGAUAAUCAUAUCGCUUGUGAAUUAAACGAUAUUAGUGAUAUUGAUGAAGAGAUCAUGGAUGAUAAUGACUCUGACAAUGAUAUUGAUGAUGAUAGUUUCUAUAAUAAAGAUGAAGUCGAUGAAUUAUUCUUUUUUAUACCAACUGUAUCUUCUAAUGAGGUAAAGUAUGGGAAUCAAUUAAAACAGCACCAAUCUAUUCCAUUCACACAAAACACAAAUCAUAUACAUAAAUUGUACGAUGAUUCAUUCAAUUUACAAGUCUCACCAAAACUUCCAAGUUUAAAAGAACGUAUAACUCGUACACAAAACAUCUGGUGUCUACCAAAUUUAAGUAGGAUAGAAUCGGAAAAAUUAUUGGAAUUUGCUGAAAUUGGAAAUUUCAUCGUUCGUGUAAACCAACAAAAUUCAAGUAUGGUACUUACUCGUGUUUGUCCACCAACAACGGCGAUACGUUCACUCAAUAAAAUUAACGGUUAUUUACAUGCUAAACACAAAGACUACAUUGAAGAUAACUACGACAAAAAUCAACAUCAGAAUGUUUACUUAUCAAUCAAACAUAAUUUGAUUGAAAUACUUCCUCAUGAUGGUUAUUGUUUGACUGGAGAUAAGAAAAUGCGUUUAAUAUUCAAAAGUUUGAUACAUUUAUUAGAAUUCUAUUUACUUGUUCAAGUAAGUAAUCGUGGAUCAUUCCUUCGUUUACCAUCGGCAAUUUGUCAAGCAAAAACUAUGCAGGAACUUGACCAAAUUAAUAAACAGGGGAUAAAAUUUUGGAAAUCAACCAAUAAUUGGAAUGUUGACUAUAAACUAUCUUUGAAAAAUCCAUUCCUUCCUAAUUCACAAUUAUUUACUUCACAAAAUUCAAUGAAAUCAUCAAAAUUAAGAAAUCAACAAGAUAGUAAUAUGUCAAUUAAUCAGUUAUCACAACAACAAACACGAGAAUAUCCACGUUGGAGACAAAUGAAUAUCAUUUGUAAUAAGAAAGAUCAUAAACUGACAACAACAACGACAACAACACCACGUAUACGCCCGAGAGCAAGUUCAGUAAAUGAUCGUUCAACACAACAUCAUUAUGAAACAAAAUUAAAACAUAAAGAAAUUGAGAAACCCAUAAAUAUCAAUAAUAAUAAUAAUAAUAAUAAUAAUAAUAAUAAUAAUAAUAAAAUUAAUCAUGCAGAUAAUUUAUUUAAAACAAUGAAACAAAGAUUAGAUUUUAGAAAUAAUUAUUUACAUAAAACGAAUGAUAAUAAUAACAAAGUAGAUCGAUUGUCAUUAGAAAAACAUUCUUGUCAACAGAUUACAAAUAUUCUAUCACCAUCAUCUUCAUCAUCAUCGUCUUCUUCAAAUGUUCCCAUAAUUACUACAACUAUUCAGAAAAUAUCACCUUUAAAUAAAACUAAUAAAGUUAAUGAAUCAAUUGAAUGUUCUUCGCUUCGAUUAAAUCAAAAUCGUCGUCAUCAAAAUGGGGUAUAUGAAGGAGCUGAAAACGAAUUUUGGGAUGCUCUUUUGCAAGCUAAAUCUUCAAAUCCAGUUCAAACUGUUGAGACACAGGCAUGGCGUUCAUGGGAUCCAAACCAAAAUACAAGACAUCCUAUGAACAUAACCAAUAAAUUCACGGGGGUUAAUACUUCCGUCAUCACUACCACCACUACUACUUCUGCAAAUACCGACACUAAUAAUCAAUCACAACAGGGAAAAUUAUUCACUUCAGCUUUUCAUUUAAACAGCACAUCUUGUGAACCAACAAAAAUAAGUACUCGUAGUAAAGGUAACACUGAGCAUAAUGAUUUAAACUUUCCACUUGAAAUUGUCAACUCACAAGAUAAAAAGCGUCAAUUAAAACAUCAAAUCUCAUUACCAUCAGAUAGAUCCCAUUUGACAUCAGAUGCAUAUGAUAAACAAUUUGUAAUUAAGACUCACCAAACAACCAUACAACCUGUAUGCAUGAAUCUGGUAAAUGAUAGUGUAGGGAAUUCAACCACUAAUGCUAUGAAGUGUAAUCCCAUUGUACAUACAACAAAUGAUACUAGUCAUACUACUAAAAACUGUGCUGGUAGUAUAUGCGACGAUUUAAAACUUCCAAAUUACUUUACACGUAUUGUAAAUACUAAUCAUUAUAAUGAUACCGUGAAUUACCAAGACACUGCAACUAAUCCAAUUUAUUCAAGUGGAUGUUUGAAUAACGAGCUAAGAGUUGAUACUAGUUUUAACUAUUAUGAUACUAAUGAUAAUAGAGAUGAUAAUUUACAGUUUAAUGGAAAAGAAGCUGGUAAUAUCGACAAAACAUUAUCGGAUUACGAUGCAUUAAUAGAUCAAGAAAUAGGAGGUUAUAAAAAUACAAGAUAUUCAUUAGAUUUGAAUGAUUUGGCAACACCUCAAACAGUUGGACAUGUAUUUGUUAUGAAAGCUACAGCUUAUCCUAUAGAUGAAUAUAAUUUUUCAUCGAAUCCACCAAUUGAUUCUUUAAACAAUAAUUUCUCUUUAAUUUCAUUGAAAUGUUCAACAACAACAUCAACAACAACCACAGUAUCAGGAGCAUGUUGUGCAAAGUUGAAAAAAGACAUAUCAUAUCAAGACAAUCAUAUUCCAGGAACAAUAACCACAACGUCAACAAUAAAUGAUACAUGUAAACAUAAGAGUAAUAACAAUAUAUCUGAACCUUUGCAUACAAACAAUAAACCAAAAUUAAGACGUGCAUAUUCGCUGAAAAAACAAUCAUCAUCAACAUCUAAGCGAACACAACCAUAUGAAGAUUUAUUAUUGUUUAAUGCAAAUUUGAAUGAGAAUAAUAAUAACACCAACAACAGUUUAGACAAUGAUGGUAAUAAUGACAAUUAUAAUCGUAGGCAUGGAUUAUUAUUUCUAGGGGAAAGUUCAACAUGUUUACGCAAUAACAUAUUGCCUACAGAUAAGAUUGAGAAAAUUACUAGAAUGUAUGAUGAAAAUGAGGCGGAUAAAAUACACAGACAGAAAACAGUUAAAACAAUUUCUGAAAAUAAUCAUCGACCUACUCAUUCAUCAUCACCGCCGUUAUCAUCCAAAGUAGUCCUGCAAAAACUGGACGAAAUAAAAAAUGACUCAUCCACUUAUAAACCAGUCUCUAAAAUUGUUUAUUCAAAAACAUUGAAUAGUCAAAGUAAUCAUUGCCCAGACUUAGAGACAUCAGAUGUUACUGAUACAUUUGUAAAUCAUUAUAAUAAUUCCAAGAAAUAUGAUAUGCUACAUGGAGAUCAUACAAUUUGCUUUGAAACUGAUAUGGAAUUAAAUAAGAAUUAUUUCCAAAAUAUUGAACAAAAUUCAAAAGUAAAGAAAUUAACCAUUUCAACGGCUAUAACGAUGACGGCAACGACAACAACAACAACGAUAUCAGAAACUGUAACAAAACCAGUUAAUUCUGAAUGUCCAACAUUAACUUUGUUGUCUGCUCCAAGGAUAUCACUGCCUCAUGAGAUUUAUCAAAGUGAACAAAAUAUUUGGGAUAAAAGUUCAAACAGUAGACAACAACAACAAAAUAAUAAUCCACACACUUAUCGUCACCAAAUAUCAUCAGAUUCUCAACAAAAUAAAAGUUUAAAACUUGAAUCUAAUACAUCAUCACCUGGAGCUAGUAGUCGAGCUAGUACUGUAUUUUGUCCACCAUGGGAUACUGCCCCAAUUGGUCCAUAUAUUGCAGAUUUAUUAAAACUGAAUCCACCGUUCUCAUCAACUCUUGAUGAUUUACAACAAUCUCCUAAUACUUAUCACUCUAAUGAUUAUAAUUCCAAUAAUCUUAAUAAUAGCAAAAUUCAUUCACAAUCAAGGAAUACACAUUAUCAACGUAAAGAUUCUACACGGAGUCGUAGUAAAACAUUAUCUAGUGUUGAACAUCAAUUAUUGAUUGGAAAUUUACUUACUGACUAUAAUAAUAAUUAUUGUUCUUCGUCUACUGCGACAACAACAACUACUACUGAUAACAAUUCAGUAAUUUCACCUUCAUCACUAUUAAAUAGUAAAAAUAAAAUUGAUAUGUCUAAUCUUUUCAGUCUGUGGGAACAACAACAACAACAAAAUCAGUCGAACAAUAGAGAAUUAAAAGAAUUGUCAUCAACAUCACUAGGAAAUAUGAAUGAGUUUUUCAAAAGCCUACAAAAUGAUUUUUUAACUGAAACGACAACCACGGUAUUGGAAACAUUAUCGACGACGGUGACGAUGUCAGCAGCAGCAACAACAAAUUCGUUAACAAUGAAGGAUGAUGGUGAGAAAUUGUCACCACCACUUCCAGUGAGAAGUAAACGUGGACUAAAUGAUCCUUAUUCACUUGUUAAUGUAUCAAAAAAUAAUUCAUUAGAUUACAAAUUACAUUCAUUUAUUGAUUUUACAGAUGACAUUAGUCCAUAUGCUGUAACUGCCUGUCAUUCAAUGAAUUAUAAUAAUAACGAUAAUAAUAAUAAUAUUAGUAACAAUUCAGCACAAGAUUGUUCAUGUCUAACAUCAAGUGAAUUACAAACUUCUUCAUCUCAUAUAACGAGACCAUUUAAUAAUCAUCAUAUUCAUGGUAAACUUCGUGAUGAUAAUAAUAAUGGUAAUAAAAAUGUAGAUGAUAGAAGCAAUAUUAACAUCAAUACCACUACCAAUACUACCAGUAAUGGUGCUACAAUUGAUAAUCACAAUACCAAUUACAGUGUAACUAAUAAUGCGGAUAGUACUACUAUCGAAGAACUGAUACCGUACGAUUAUUCCUUGUCAAAUAAAUCAGUACCUUUAGAUUUCUGCCAGAAUCCAUUAAAUAAUUCGUUGGAUAGUACUACAAGCCAUGGUAAAAUAUGGCCGGAAAAUUAUGUUUAUGCUCAAGUACUACCAAAACAUUUACGUGAUCAAGCUCAAUUCACUGAUAUCAAUUCAUUUGAUCAUACAAUCACAUUUCGAUCAGAUCCAUUCAAUGAUAUGCCACAAAUGGAAUUUAAUAAUUUAAAAACUCUUGAACAUAUAUCAUUCAAUAAAAAAAAUGAACUAACUGAUAAAGAUUCAUUUACACAACAAUGUAUUGCACCUUUAUCAAUUAGUGAAUCAUUACAAUCUUCAUCAUCUACUAAUUCAUUAGCUUCAUCAUUUGAUUCAAAAACAUCACUUUCAUCAUGGAAUUCUUCAGAAUCUUAUUCACAAAUACCUAAUAAAUCAGAACAAUAUCAUUUAUCAUUGAAUAUAAAUAUAAAUAAUAAAUUCAUUCAUUCAAUAAAUACAAAUCAAUUGAAUUUUGAAAAAGUUUCAUUAUUAACUCAUGAACAAUUACAAUCUUUAAAUAAUUUAGAUAAAUUAAAUUGGUCUAAUGAUUUACCGCAAAAAUCAAAGAGAAUUGGUCGACAUAUUAAAAAAUUUUUUCAUAGAUUAAUGACUAAUCCUAAAAAUCAAAUAGCAGAACAAAUUAAUUUAUUUAUAGAAUGUACAAAAGCAAGCAGUGAUCGUGGUCCAUAUCGAACAAUGCAAUCAAUUCGCCAAUUCAUCAAUGGUAUGACCAAUUAUCUCCUCAAGAAUCCAUAUCUUGGUCUUCCAAAAGCUGUUGAACGAGAGAAAAAGGAGUUAAAUGAAUUCGGAUAUAUAAAUGUUGGUUUUCAUUUAGAAUCAGCUUUACAACGAUAUAUUCUUAAACCAUUACAUUUUCAUGUGAUUAAACAAUUAGAACAGGAACAAAUAAAGAAUACGGAUCUCAGUAACUUACAAAUUAAAGUUCAAAAAUUAUGUGAUCCCGAAAUUCGAGCAUCAGAUCUUGGAAUACAGAAGGAUAUGAAACGAUAUCAAGAAGACAAAUAAAAUGGUUGUAGCUUCAAAAGAAAACAAACGGAUUGGACAUUCUAAUCUACCAUGUAAGAUAAGUACUUCUGAUUCUUCUAUUACUAUAAGAAUAUCACUGAGUAUCUUAUUCAGCCAAUUCAGUUUCCCAACCCAUGAAGAGGACUAAGCAAAACUAACAUAUGACCCAGAUUCGGAUACUUGAAAAUUUCUACAAACCUUCAAACCAAAUUUAAAGUAGUUAUUUGAUAAAUAUAUGACCCAUUUAAUCACCAGCACAAUUUCUCUAUCAUUAUAUAAUACAUAGAUGAAGUUACAAGUUAAUUCUAACAAGUUAUCUUUAAAUCCUUUUUACAUUCUAAUGUAUCAUGAAAAUGUUAUAGUUUUAUAACUUUUUCUCUCUUCAUAUUUAAGUGGUGCCAUACAAUUCUAUUUAUCAGUUUUAUUUGAAUUUUUAUACUCUGU